UCUGUCCUUACUUAUCAUUUUAUAGUACUAACAAAUCCUUGUCGUUGCUCUGUCUGGAAAGCCUUUAACUUGCACUGUUGGUCUAAUGUGCACUACAUCUUUAAUGGAACCUUCAUCAUCUACUAAACAGUCCAAACUCUGUAUAAUCUCUUUUCUUUUCCACUAAUCUCAUUUUCAAUACUGUUUCCGUACUGCACUCACUGUUCAAAAUUGUUUUCACAAACCCCACAAAUGUGUUUCUUUUGGUUAUAAAUUGUUGGCCUUACUUGUCUCAGACUUCAAUUAAGGUUUACUCUGAAAUGGGCUUGCACAAGCUUCCAUUGGUGGUUCUACUUUUCUCGGUUUUUUCUCUUUUGAGUUUCAUAGCACUCUGUGAUGACUCAGAGCCCACUGUGAAGUUCUUGAAGACUCCCUAUGCAUUCUCAAAUCUCAACUCAACCGUAUUCGUCUUUAAAGUUCAUGUGGGUGGGAAUGGUGCUUGCACCAAUUGUAAUAUCACUUGCAAGUUGGACGAUGGCUUUGGCCGCAUUAAUGCUUCUCAAUGUGAAAAUGGGACGGUUAUGUGUGAAGAUUUGCAGGAUGGAGAUCAUAAAUUUGAGGUUUGCGCCAACGGGACUCAAGGAGUUGGCUGCAGUAGCCAUAACUGGACUAUUGAUAGACGAAGUAUCAACUUAACAACUCACGUUCCUAAAAGGCAACUUCAAUUUAAUGGUGAAACUAUACUGGUGCGAGCAACCAAUAACUAUAAGAAUCUAAGGGUCUGUUUAACCUUUCCAAAGCCUGUUAACAACACAUCUGAAGAAAUUAAAAAAUUUCUCAAAGCAGAAGUUUUAUAUUCACUCCAAAAGAGUCAGGGCUCACUUCUUCCUCUGGUUGACACUAAAAAAUAUGAAGGGCCUAGAAGAUUUGAAUAUAAGGUUGCUGCAUAUAUAUUUGACACGACUGUAGUCAAUGUAAGCAUUGAUACAACCUCUAUAAUAAGCAGACAGGGGACUCCAUUUUUUCCAGUUGAACCAUUUACUUUCAUAUAUGAUUCUCUGAGGCCUGCUGUACACUUGAUUGAACUACCUACCGAAUUUCCAAGGCCUGCUGUAAUGUGGCGUACACCAUCCCAUAUUUGGACAAGAGAACGCAACAUCCUUGUGUUGAUAAAAUUCGUGAAGCCUGUAUUUGGCUUUAGCCGUUCUAAUAUAUCAAUCAUAGGAGGGAAAUUACAGAGGCAAGUCAUUUCUGGUUAUCUUCAUGUUUGUAUCUAUGCAUGUUAACCCUUACAUGAACAAGACAUCACAUAAAUAAUUCACCCACAUACAAAUAAGAAACCAUGAUGACGACCUUUCUACACAUCAUUUGGGUUCUUGAUGGAAAUAAUAUUUCAAUUAGUAUGUCACAUUUAAUCUUUAACAAAUUUUCAUUUUUGUUCCUUUCCAAUGAUAAUCAUUAACAUUUUCAGCUUUGAAGAAAUCUGUAAUGGCAUAUAUACUAUAGUGAUAAAAGCAGACCAAGAUAUUGUAUCUGUCAAUGUUCCCGGAAGCGUAUCUGGGGAUGUUGCUGGAAACAAAAAUCAGCCUUCCAAUGUUCUACAAGUAAUGGACUAUUCUGUGCCGAAAAGAUCAACUACGUUUUUUGGAUCUACAAUUGGUUCAUUUGCAGUGAUAGUUAUUGCUGCCGGGAUACUUAAGGUUUCGAUAGCAAGCUUUCAUUCCAUUGGGGAAUUCUCAAGUCCAUUUCCUUCUUUAUCUCAGCCUGAGAGUAAUCUUUUUAGAAUUGCAUGCCAUCUUCAGGUUAUUGCAUUAUCUGGAUGGUUGGCAGUGAGACUGCCAGUGGAGUAUUAUGAAUUGACAAGGGGUUUGCAAUGGAGCAUUCCCUACUUAAGUGUUCCAUGGGAAAGGGAAACUGGGCACACCCGUCUGGUCAUGGAGAACUCGAGUCUCUCUGCCAUUACACACAUGUCUGAAAUUCAUUAUUCGGGAAUCUUUCGGAGUAAGCAGCCAACACCAAGUUCCAAUAGUGGGCCCAUGGCUUCAAUGGUUUCGAAGGAUUUUCAAUCACUACUUGAGACACCACAUCUUAAUUCUACUCUUGAUCCAAGUAUUUUACAUGGGUAAGUUACGGGACUCUUACUUCUAUUUAUUACAUGAACUUGAAUAUUGAUUUUAAGGACAAAACAAAUGGAAAAAAUAUUCAAUACAGAUUUAUUUUAUUUUAUUUUUGGGCUUGAAAAUAUUUAAUAUAAAGCAGAAAAACUAUGAAAGCCACAAUUUUUUAUAAUAAAAAACCUGUUAAAUUUAAUUUAAAUAUUUGCUAGUUAUUUAAAUGUAUAAUUUUCUAUAGGUUCUACAAAAAAAAUUGAAGCUAUUCAUGCUUUGAAUUUUUGCAAAUUAUUGAUCAAACCAAAAGGACAAACUUGAUACUUAGUUUACUGUUAUUCAUGUGAAUUCAUAAUUUGGAUUUUGGAGUGCCACAGACAGACUCGUUUAUUUAUCAGUGUAAUAAUAUCUUACUAGAUUUUGUUUCUUGUACGUGGAGGGAUUUUAGUAGAAGCAUGUUCUGGUUAGCCAUAAUUGGUGGCGGUUUGAUAAACCUGCAUGCUUUACUCCUUCUCUCCCUAAAAUUGAAGAAGAAGGAUUAUGGAGUACAUACAUUCUCAAGAUUUGAAAUAGUCAUGGUAAAUCUUGCGCUACCUGCUAUUUCUAAGUCCUCUGCUGGUCUAAUUAGAGGAAGAACGGCAUUGGGGACUGCUGUUGGCGUUCUGCUUCUGGGUGUCGUGUGUAUUCUACUGCUGGCCUUGCUCUUGUUCCUCUCUAUGGGUAUUUCAUUUGCAAAGCUACUUCAAUACAAGGAAGUUCAUCAAGAGGGUCGGGGUUUCCACUGGUAUCAAAAAAUAGUCCGGGUAUUUUUGGUUUCUGGUAAGGGAGGCGAGUGGACAUCGAAAAACCCACAGAAUUCAAAUUAUCUAACCAUUUUAGAGCCUCUAUUUAAAGAAUUUAGAGGCCCUCCAAAGUCCAAGCUCUCACAGAUUUCUGGGGGCAGUUCCCAAUCACAAGGUGCAGAUGACAAAACUGAAGAUGCAGAAGCACCUUUUAUCCAAAAGCUGGUUGGAAAACUCAGAAUAUACUACAUAUUGCUUGAGUCUGUUAUCCAAAAGCUAUGUGGAGAACUCAGAAUAUACUACCUAUUGCUUGAUUCCGUGAAACGUGUUUUGCUAGCGAUUGUGGGUAGUGUCUAUGUGGGCAACUCUUCUUCUAAAAUUCCUACCAUAAUCUCUUUAUGCAUCAGUUGUUUUCAGCUCUUCUUCCUUGUUCUCGGGAAGCCAUAUGUUAAGAUAAACAUUCAGCUGGUUGAGAUCAUAUCAGUUUCCAGUGAAGCAUGUAUAUUUGCUAUUUCAUUAGUUCUCCCGGAGGAGAAAUUGUCAGACAAGGAUAAGCCUAAACUUGGAGUUCUCAUGCUUAUACUUGUCCUAGUGGGAAUUUUACCACAGAUAAUGAAUGAAUUGUAUGCUUUGUAUAAACAGAUAAAGCAGCUGGACGUUAAGAAGCAUUUCUUAACCGGUUUGAAAAAAGCUUCAUCUGGAUUAACUAACUUUGCUUUUCGGCUCAAAGGAGUUUUCACUAAGCAGCCCCCAGGUUUAAAGGAUAAUAUUGCGGACUCCAACUCUAAACCAACCUCUGUUGCAGAUGAAGAUACAGCUACCUCUACCUCUACCUCUUAUCAAGUCAAAUCUCCAAAUCAAGAUUGAACAAAAAUUCGCCAGUCCUUCGGCUGAAAGUAACAGAAACUCUAGGAGUAGAAACAGGAAGAAGAAUUCUUGGAGUAGGAACUCGAACAACUGUUCCAGAAAAAUCAUGGUUGAACCAACACCACUCUUUGAUUUAUUAGGUGCUAUCUUUAGUUGCUUAGUUGUUACGUGUUAGGAUAGACUUUAUCCAUGUUAGUUCACCUCAGCUUUAUCUCAUUGUUGAGUUACGUUUUCAAGCAUGUAAGGCAUAUGUAAAAGCCUAUGAACAAUUAUAAUAGAUUAUUAUCAGAAUGUAUAUGAGAAAAAUCAAGCUUAUGGAAUUUCUUCUUUGA